CCGUUGGGAGAACCCGAGUCCUUCAUCAGAAACAGCGCGCGUAACUUUACGCGUAGGCGUGGUCGACAAGCAAAUCCGCGCUGAACUCCGAGCACCGAGUCCACGAUGUAGUUAAUGAGCCGAGGAGGGCGGGGACCGUGGGGGUAUCCCCGCCUCUCAGGGCUCACAAUGAGCUCCCUAGAAGGAAAGGCUGCAAGGCUAGACCAGACGGAUCACACCUCCAGGACCAAAGUCCGCUCAUAGCUUCUUAAUGGACCAGCGGACGACACAUUGAUCAUCCAGUUAUAAUAUUGACCAUCACGUUAUAUGUGGACUGCUAACCACGGGGAUUCCUUGGAAAUCUCUCCUUGUGUCGGACGCGGUGUCGGGGGGGUGGGGUUUGAGGCGGACCGACACCACCUUAUCCGGAUGAAAGUGGCAUGGAGAUGCUCCGUCGCUCCUCGGUGUUCGCGGCCGAAGUGAUGGACGUGUUUGACCGCUCGCCCACCGAUAAGGAGCUGGUGUCCCAGGCGAAGGCGCUGUGUAGGGACUACAUCCACUCCAGACUCAACCGGGCCGGUAUCGGCUGGACCAAGCCGGACCACGGGCUGUCUGCGUCGGGCGGCAGCGCGCUGGGGGACACCUCGUCGGUCAUCCUGUGGCUAGGUGAUGAGCUGGAAUACCUUCGCCCGAACAUCUACCGUAACGUGGCGAAGCAGCUGAACAUCACCGUGGCGUCCGAGAGCAUCGUGUCCGACGCCUUCCUAGCCGUCGCCGCCGAGAUCUUCUCCACAGGUGUGACGUGGGGGAAGGUGGUCUCCCUGUACGCGGUGGCGGGGGCUCUGGCGGUGGACUGCGUGCGUCAUGGCCACCCCGCCAUGGUCCACACCAUCGUGGACUGCAUGGGGGAGUUCGUCCGCAAGAGCCUGAUCCCCUGGCUGAAGAGGCGCGGGGGAUGGGUGGACGUCACCAAGUGUGUGAUCAACACAGACCCCAGCUUCAGAGCCCAUUGGCUGGUGUCGGCCGCCAGCACCUGUGGCCAGUACCUGAAGGCGGUGGUGUUCUACCUGCUGAGGGAGAAGUGAGCCCAGC